AACACCUGGUUUUUGAAACGCGUGUAUUAUUUUGUAUAUAAGUUAUACUGAAUGUAAAAUUAUUUCAGAAGUAAUUUAGACGCGAUGACGGGUAGAUUACUGUGUAGUGUCGCUUUAGUGGCUCAUGUAUUUGUUUUAGUUCUAUGUACAGACCCACAAGCGUCGUCACCAACCAGUGAAACAUCGCCAUUCGAUGAUUCUUCAAAUGACAUCAGUCUAGUCAAGCAAAAGAAAAAAUGUCAUAGAGUAAAAAAAUGUCCGAAGAACGAAGUGUAUUCUCACUGCUCGCAAUUAGUCCAACGAGCUCAAUACUGCUCGGAGAAGGGACAGCCGUAUCAAUACUCUGAACAGGAUACCACGUCUUGUAAGCAGGCUUGUGUCUGCAAAGAAAACUAUCUGAGAAAUGAUAAUGGCAAUUGUAUACCGGCAGAAAAAUGCCCAACCACAUGCGGUGACAACGAAGUCCUUGCCAACUGUCCGACAGACUGCGCUUCUGACUACUGCCCGACGGAAGAAACCAAAGAGAGUACCUUUUGUGAGCCGCAAGAAGUUUGUCCUCCACCAGCGUGCAAAUGUGCCUUUAACCAUCGUCGAGCAGCCAAUGGGACUUGUAUACCCACUAGGAGUUGUCCUCCCUUCGACUGCAGUGCAAGACCCAAUGAAGAGUUUGAUCCAUGCCCCCCUCUGUGUCCCACUGAUGACUGCAGCCAAGCUUCUCCAACUGGAGAAUGUCCACGACUUUUCGGAAAAAUAGGAAUAGUACUGAUAUGCAAUCCCCAAUGCAGAUGCAAGAAAGGCUAUUGGAGACUCAAUGGCGAAUGUGUACCUUAUGGACAGUGCCCUGGAGUUUGCCCUGCCAAUGAAAGAUAUUCAGAAUGCAUACAAGGAGAGUGCAGAGCUCUGAACUGUACCCAAAAGGACCAGUCAGUUCCUUGCGUCCGAUUGGACCCUAAAUUCUGCUUGAAAGGAUGUGUAUGUGAAGAAGGUUUCCUGCGAAACGAAAAUGGGGUUUGUGUACCACAAGAUCAAUGUAAAAAGGAACCUGAACCCACCACCUGCCCACCAAAUGAGCAGUUUACAGAAUGUACACAAAUAGUCUGUAGAGCACAGAAAUGCGAACAAAAGAAUUGGCCAAUACCGUGCCCUGGUAUCGCUGCAGGAUCAUGCAUUAAGGGAUGUGUGUGCCAAGUCGGCUACUUGCGAGACGAAAACGGCGACUGUAUACCUGAAGACCAAUGUAUACCCAAUCCCUGCCAACCAUCCGAAGAGUUUUCUAACUGCACUCAAGCAGUUUGCAGAGCUCAGAAUUGCUCAGACAAGGAUAUUCCGCAAGCGUGUCCGAAUGUUGCUGACGGCGACUGCAUACAAGGAUGCGUGUGUCAGGAAGGGUCCUUGCGUGAUGAAUCCGGAUACUGUGUACCAGAAAGACUUUGCAAACUGAAUACAUGUCUUUUCAACGAAGAGUGGUCGAGCUGCGUUGAAUCUACCUGCAGAGCACAAAAUUGUACUCAGAAGGGACUGACUGUGGAGUGCCCGAAUUUCAACAUAGGAGAUUGUACAACGGGAUGCAUUUGCAAGGAAAAUUACUUGAGAGACGAAUCCGGAUUCUGUGUACCUGAGGAGAGCUGUGAGAAGAAAGAAGAACCCACUACCUGCCCAUCUAACGAGGAGUUUUCAAAGUGCUUCUUAAGGAUCUGCAGAGCUCAAUUCUGCCAAGAUAAGGGUCAGGACAUUCCUUGUCCAGAUAUCCCGGAGGAAUCCUGUUUAGAAGGAUGCGUGUGCAAAGAGGGCUACUUACGUAAUAAAAACGGUGAAUGCAUUGCCGAAAAUGAAUGCAGCGCCGAUCUCUGUACCGCGCACGAAGAGUUUUCUAACUGCACCCAAGCAGUUUGCAGAGCUCAGAAUUGCACAGACAAGGGAAUUCCGCAAGCAUGUCCAAGUGUUGCUGACGGUGACUGCAAACAAGGAUGCAUUUGUAAGGAGGGAUACUUCCGUGAUGCUAACGGAUACUGUGUACCAGAAGAACUAUGUAAUAAAGAAUGUGGAACAAACCAAGAGCUACGUUGCAUGAACUCGUGUCCCCCUCAGAAGACUUGCAGUACUCGUAGGUUUGCCGUCACCUGUCCACCAUCCCCUUAUGUCUGCAAAUGCGUUUGCAAGCCAGGACACGUGAAAGACGAUAAUGGGCAAUGCAUUCCUGAGGAACAAUGUGAUCAAUUAUGUUCACAAAACGAAGAAUUUUCUGAAUGUGUGCAAGCUACAUGUAGACACCAAAAUUGUACUCAAAAAGGAAUGCCAUUGGGCUGUCCGGGAAUUGUUACCGGAGAUUGUAAAUCGGGUUGCAUUUGCAAAGAAAAUUACUUGAGAGAUGAAUCAGGAUUAUGUGUACCUGAGGAGGAAUGUGAUGAGGAAGAAGGCCCCAAAACCUGUCCACCUAACGAAGAAGUGGCAGAGUGUGCUAACGCUCUUUGCAGAGCACUAAACUGUAGAGAAAGGGGUAUGCUUUUACCCUGCCCUGGGGUCACGAAAUGCAUAAAAGAAUGUGUCUGUAAAUACGGCUACCUUCGCGACGAAAAUGGCGUCUGUGUGCCUACAGAACAGUGCCCCGUUCCCACCUGCCAAUCUAACGAACAAUUUUCAAAUUGCACUCAAGCGAUCUGUAGAGCUGAGUACUGCACGGAAAAGAAUCAGUCCAUACCCUGUCCAGGAAUCCCAGCGGGAUCUUGCUCUGAAGGAUGCGUGUGUCAGGAAGGAUUCUUGCGUGAUGAAAACAGAUAUUGUAUACCAGAAGAACUAUGCGAUGAGCACUGUGGAAUAAAUCAAGAGCUGCGUUGCGUGCAGCCCUGUCCCCCUGAAAAGACUUGCAAUAAUCGUGACCUUGCCGUCAGCUGUGCGCCAUCUCCUUGUAUAGACCAAUGUGUUUGCAAACCAGGCUUUGUAAAAGAUGAUCUUGAUGAAUGCAUUCCUGAGGAACAAUGUGAUAAAUUAUGUUCACAAAACGAAGAAUUUUCUGAAUGUGUUCAAGCUACUUGUAGACACCAAAAUUGUACUCAAAAGGGAAUGCCAUUGGGCUGUCCGGGAAUAGUUACCGGAGAUUGUAAAUCGGGUUGCAUUUGCCAAGAAAAUUACUUGAGAGAUGAAUCAGGAUUAUGUGUACCUGAGGAGGAAUGUGAUGAGGAAGAAGGCCCCAAAACCUGUCCACCUAACGAAGAUCUGGUCGAUUGCGCCAACGCUCUUUGCAGAGCACAAAACUGUAGGGAAAGGGGUACAUUUCCUCCUUGCCCUUCGGUCCCGAAAUGUGUCAAAGGUUGCGUCUGUAAAUACGGUUACCUUCGCGACGAAAAUGGCAUCUGUGUGCCUACAGAGCAGUGUCCCAUUCCCACCUGCCAACCUAACGAAGAGUUUUCGACUUGUACUCAAGCGAUCUGUAGAGCUGAGUUCUGCAGUGAAAAGAAUCAGUCCAUACCCUGUCCAAGUAUUCCAGAGGGUUCUUGCUUAGAGGGAUGCGUGUGUAAGGAAGGAUUCUUGCGUGAUCAAAAUAGAAACUGUGUACCAGUAGAACUAUGUGAUGACCAAUGUGGAAACAACCAAGAGGUACGUUGCGUGCAAUCCUGUCCCCCUGAGAGGACUUGCAAUAAUAGUGACCUUGCCGUCAGCUGUGCUCCGUCCCCUUGUGAAAACAAAUGUGUUUGCAGACCAGGCUUUGUAAAGGAUGAAAUUAACGAAUGCAUACCCGAGGAAGAAUGUCCCGGUCCCUGUAGCGAGAACGAGGAGUUUUCUAACUGCACCCAAGCAGUUUGCAGAGCUCAGAAUUGCUCAGACAAGGAUAUUCUGAAAGCAUGUCCCAGUGUUGCUGACGGCGACUGCAUACAAGGAUGUGUGUGUCAGGAAGGAUAUUUCCGUGAUGUAAAUGGAUACUGUAUACCAGAAGACCUAUGUACUAAGGAGUGUGGAACAAACAAAGAGCUACGGUGUGUGCAGUCUUGUCCUCCUGAAGUAAAUUGCGGGAAUCGUUUCCUUGCCGUCAGCUGUGCACCAUCCCCUUGUGAUUACAAAUGUGUUUGCAAACCAGGACUCAUUAAGGAUUAUAAUGAUGAAUGCAUUCUUGAAGAACAAUGUGAUAAAUUAUGUUCACAAAACGAAGAAUUUUCUGAAUGUGUUCAAGCUACCUGUAGACACCAAAAUUGUACUCAAAAGGGAAUGCCAUUGGGCUGUCCGGGAAUUGUUACCGGAGAUUGUAAACCGGGAUGCAUUUGCAAAGAAAAUUAUUUACGAGAUGAAUCUGGAUCCUGUGUACCCGAGGAGGAAUGUGAUGAAGAAGAAGGCCCCAAAACCUGUCCACCUAACGAAGAUUUGGUAGAUUGCGCCAACGCUCUUUGUAGAUCACUAAACUGUGAUGAAAGGGGUAUAAUUCCACCUUGCCCUUCGGUCUCCAAAUGUAUAAAGGAUUGCGUCUGUAAAUACGGUUACCUUCGCGACGAAAAUGGCAUCUGUGUGCCUACAGAGCAGUGUCCCAUUCCCACCUGCCAACCUAACGAAGAGUUUUCGACUUGUACUCAAGCGAUCUGUAGAGCUGAGUUCUGCAGUGAAAAGAAUCAGUCCAUACCCUGUCCAAGUAUUCCAGAGGGUUCUUGCUUAGAGGGAUGCGUGUGUAAGGAAGGAUUCUUGCGUGAUCAAAAUAGAAACUGUGUACCAGUAGAACUAUGUGAUGACCAAUGUGGAAACAACCAAGAGGUACGUUGCGUGCAAUCCUGUCCCCCUGAGAGGACUUGCAAUAAUAGUGACCUUGCCGUCAGCUGUGCUCCGUCCCCUUGUGAAAACAAAUGUGUUUGCAGACCAGGCUUUGUAAAGGAUGAAAUUAACGAAUGCAUACCCGAGGAAGAAUGUCCCGGUCCCUGUAGCGAGAACGAGGAGUUUUCUAACUGCACCCAAGCAGUUUGCAGAGCUCAGAAUUGCUCAGACAAGGAUAUUCUGAAAGCAUGUCCCAGUGUUGCUGACGGCGACUGCAUACAAGGAUGUGUGUGUCAGGAAGGAUAUUUCCGUGAUGUAAAUGGAUACUGUAUACCAGAAGACCUAUGUACUAAGGAGUGUGGAACAAACAAAGAGCUACGGUGUGUGCAGUCUUGUCCCCCUGAAGUAAAUUGCGGGAAUCGUGGCCUUGCCGUCAGCUGUGCACCAUCCCCUUGUGAUUACAAAUGUGUUUGCAAACCAGGACUCAUUAAGGAUUAUAAUGAUGAAUGCAUUCUUGAAGAACAGUGUGAUAAAUUAUGUUCACAAAACGAAGAAUUUUCUGAAUGUGUUCAAGCUACCUGUAGACACCAAAAUUGUACUCAAAAGGGAAUGCCAUUGGGCUGUCCGGGAAUUGUUACCGGAGAUUGUAAACCGGGAUGCAUUUGCAAAGAAAAUUAUUUACGAGAUGAAUCUGGAUCCUGUGUACCCGAGGAGGAAUGUGAUGAAGAAGAAGGCCCCAAAACCUGUCCACCUAACGAAGAUUUGGUAGAUUGCGCCAACGCUCUUUGUAGAUCACUAAACUGUGAUGAAAGGGGUAUACUUCCACCUUGCCCUUCGGUCUCCAAAUGUAUAAAGGAUUGCGUCUGUAAAUACGGUUACCUUCGAGACGAAAAUGGCGUUUGCGUACCCAAAGAACAGUGUCCCGUUCCCACCUGCCCAUCAAACGAGCAGUUUUCAGAUUGCAUUCAAGUACCCUGUAGAGCACAGUUUUGCACUGAAAAGGGUGGGCCUGUAUUCUGCCCGAGUAUCCCAGAGGGGUCUUGUGUGGAAGGAUGUGUAUGCAAAGAGGGCUACUUGCGUGAUGACGAUGGCAACUGCGUUGCUGAAAGUGAAUGCAAGGCUGUUACCUGUCCACCUAAUGAAGAAUUUUCAGAAUGUGCCAACGCUGUUUGCAGACCACUGAAUUGUACGCAUAGAGGUCUAUCCUUGCCUUGCCCUCAAGUCUCAGGUUGUGACAAAGAGUGCAUCUGUAAGGAAGGAUUCCUUCGAGACAAAAAUGGUGAUUGCGUACCUGAAGACCAGUGUCCUCCUCAAAUAACCUGUAGCGAAAAUGAAGUGUUGGACGCUUGUCCAUCAAAAUGUACUUCGGAUUAUUGCCCAAAGUCGCCUAAUGAAAAAGAGACAUGUCUUCCAUUAUUCCCAUGCACCCCGGCUUGUAGAUGCAGAUUUAACGAAAAACGAGCUGAGAACGGCACUUGCAUACCCACUUCUAGCUGUCCUCCGUUUGACUGCAGUGACCUUCCAAAUGAAGAGUAUGUCGCCUGCCCACCUUACUGCCCUACCGAUGAAUGCGGCCAACCUAGGCUUAAAGGUCGAUGCCCGUUCAGAAUAGGUGUAGUCCUGGAAUGUUUCCCAAAAUGUCAGUGCAAGGAAGGAUAUGGCAGAGUUAAUGGAACUUGCAUACCAUUUGAAGAAUGCCCCGAUCUUUGUCCUGCCAAUGAAGAGUACUCCCCAUGCGUGGAAAAGACCUGCAGACCCCAAAACUGUUCAGAAAGAGACACGAAAAUUGAAAACUGUUCUCCUUGUACUGCAACUCCAUGUCACAGAGGCUGUGUGUGCAAGGAAAAUUACUACAGAAAUGAAAAAGGAGACUGCGUCCCCUCUGAGGAGUGUGAAGCUUCCAUCUGCCCUAAUGAGAACGAAGUCUACACGCCAAACUUCAAGGAAUGUCCCCCAAAUACCUGCAACUCCUUAGUAGCUAAGUACAAGUGUGACCCAAACCAGAAGGAGGGUCCAGGGUGCCUCUGUGCCUCAGGAUACUUAAGACUAAACACAACUUCACCAUGUAUACCACUGUGUGACUGUCCAGAGAUGGCUAGUUCCCCAGAUUGUCUUAAAUAAAACAUUUCAUUAUCAGUCUAGCCUUUUCCUAGUCACGUUGGGGACGGCUUUCAGUCUAACAAGACAAGACUGAGUAUAAGUAUUUUACAUGGAGCAACUGUCUGUCUUAUCUUCAUAAAAAAACUAUCACGGAAUCCAAUAUUAGUUGGUAAGACUGAUUGGUUAACCCGUCUUCUAUUUAAUAAUUAGAAAAUUUUCGAGUAACAGGAUCCACUUGUUUAACGUGGUUACCGAAGCAAGGAUGAACUCGUUAAUGUUUCAGCCUUUUAAAAUGUUCAAUUAAAUCUUUAAUACAUGCA